GUGUUUUGUCGCAUUUUCUCUCAGGUUAGCACCUCUAGGCUUAUUUCAUAGCCAAAAUUACUUUUGAAGUGAAUUAAGGAAUACGUUGGAGCACAUCCAAGGCUUAAAAUAAUACUUGUGUUGAAUGAGAGUUCAGUAAAUGGCGGUGCUGAACAGGACGCGGGUUGAUGACACGGAGAUUGUGUUGCUCAUUUAAUAUUUAGUCGUAUUUAGCGAGAUAAUGAAGGGACUGCAACUUCUGACUCUCCGGAAUGUUACGGCCAGUGUGUUAAAGCGUCGGAAGUAGUGGGAAUGUUGGAAAGUUUGUAUAAAGGUUGUGUUGGGUGGUAGGAGUGGCUGGUACAGCUGGAAGCUUCCCAGGUUACGACGUGUGGACCUACGUCAUCACUUUGGGAAAAAUGAACGUAUUUGUCCACUUACCAUUAUAAAAUGGGGCCAGCUAAUAGAAAUGGAUUAUUUAAUCAACGAAUAUAGUGGCACAUGAUUAUAAGCGGAUGGAAAGUGGAGGUGAAGACUUAUGUCCAAGGAAUUAGAGCUAUCCUUUAUGCCUGCUGUAUAGCCCUUGUGGCUUAGCGCAUCUUUUUAGUAAGUUCAGAUUUGUAUCCUGGAAAGAAGUUAGUACCUACAACCUACUGCAUUCAGCAAAGUGCUGGCUACGAUCUGCUCUCCGAGCAGCCAUUUACUCCCAGUGUACUGAGUAGUUGAGUAACUCCUGGUGCGGGUUGUGACCGCAUUAGGUUAGUGAAUCAACUCCUCCCAAGCACUGUGGCAGAUUUCAACGGGUGAAGGCACCCAAGAGCUGUCCAAGCAGAAAUUUCCUUCAAGUUUAGUUGAGUAACUCUCCUGGUGCGGGUUGUGACCGCAUUGGGUUGGUGAAUCAACUCCCUCCCUAGCACUGCUGUUCCUUUAACGGGUGAAAGCACCCAAGGGCUGUCCAAGCAGAAAUUUAAUCCCAGUUUAGUUGAGUAACUCUCUUGGUGCGGGUUGUGACCGCAUUGGGUUGGUGAAUCAACUCCCUCCCUAGCACUGCUGUUCCUUUCAACAGGUGAAAGCACCCAAGGGCUGUCCAAGCAGAAAUUUAAUCCCAGUUUAGUUGAGUAACUCUCUUGGUGCGGGUUGUGACCGCAUUGGGUUGGUGAAUCAACUCCCAAGCACCUUUGCUUCUUUCAACGUGUGAAGGCAUACAUGAGCUAAGCCAAAGUUUCCUCCCAGAUCAAUUAACUCGACUAGUUGCAGUGUUCGUAAAGAUUUUGCUAAAAUGGUUGCUCCAUAUGAAAUUGGAGAUCCUAUGCGUUCCUUUGUUCGUGUCCCAGGAAGUGGAGCAGACAAAGCUGCAAAGCCUAUUUGCUGGGACCUUGCUCGCUCUUCAACAGUUGCUGGAGCAGUACCUGUUCAGCCAACAAUCCCAUCAGCCAUCCCAAUAACUACAUUGUUCAAGCCAGCAAAAUCUAAUGAAGAAAAUAACAGACCUAACAGUGAAGAGCAAGGAGCUGUAGCUCAGGUUGAUGAGCAAACCGAGGAAAGAGCAUCAGCAAAAUCCAUCAGUAAGAAUGCCUCUGCAAGCAAGCAGGAAAGCUCUGUGGCACAGGCAGCAAGACCAACUGAAGAACCAUGUCCAAAUAUAUCAAAUUGUACACCUCUGAAGCCUGAUGGUGGAGGACAAUCUGCAGGUGCACGCAAAAGAAAGCACAUCAUUGAGUCUGGAAGAUUAGAACAAGAGAGUGGACCUUCACUCACAAAGGUUCAGUGCGUGUCACAGGAAAUGGAAGAAGACGGUAAAAUUGCUACUACUUCUACUGGUGCAUCAUCACAAGUACAGGAGGAAUUAUCCAAACUGACUAAAGAACGUGAUCAACUACGUCAAGAAAAUGAAGAGCUCCGAAACAGGUUGACCCUGUUCCAUGAUCUCUUCAGGAACAAGAAGCGCCUUUCAUUGCUUGUUAGGCGCAUGGGCAUAAUAAACUAACUGUUGCACUCAGACGCAAGUGCCAUUGAGUCUGGAAGAUUAGAAGGCAGGGAACCUGUAAAAGUGUGUGUUGCUUCCGUUACUGGCAGAAUCAUAACACGGAUGAAUUAUCUAAACCCCAAGAGCAAGAAGUACCCAACAUUUUUGAGUUGCUUUGGCAUAAAUUUAAUUGCUGCAUGCAAACAUAAAUGCAAUUGAACAUGGAUGGCUAAAAAAGUGAGCUCAUGUUCAGUAUUAGUUGCUACUAAUAAUGUGAUAAAUCUGAAAACAAGCAGCACAAAAAUAGACUGAGCCUGUUUUGUGACCUCAACAAGAUGCACUUGACAAAUUAACCAUGGCAAAAUAAAAAUGCCAUUCUAUUAGCACAUGACUGCUCAUUAUUAGUGUUACUUUGCCGGCACUUCUCCAGAAGGAAAUAAAAGCUGCAAAUUGGGAUAGGUUCUGUUGAUUUGCAUGAUUGAGUAACACUUGAUCUGUUUGGUUCUAAUGUAUUUGUAUGUACUGUAUUACUGUGGAAGAAUUUUGAGUGAAUGCUUGUUCUGGGGCUUUAAAGAAGAUUUCCUCAAUUUAUAUAUGUAAUUGAUGUGCAGAUUUUUACAGUACUGUUCCACUAGUUAAUGUAGGCAAAAAUGCCUUAACUAUAAAGUUAGGGGUUUCUUCUUUUUUUGGUUACUCUUAUCGUGGUGGGAGACAGUCGCUGUGAUUUAUAAGUGUAAUACAAUUUGCAAAUAAAGAACCAAUCAGCUCUCAAUUAGUGACUAAAUUAUUACUCCAGGAAUAAUUUAGUGACUUUAAUUUUGUAACUCAAUGUUUAAUUUUGCAACUCAAUGUUUCUAUCAAAUGCAGACCUAAUUACACACUUCCAGUUAACCCUCUCACAGUUGCAAUGUUCAAAAUGCAACACAAGGCAAAAUCUUAAUUGAAUGUUUAAUCUCCUGUAGUUUAACUAUAAUAGGAUGGUCAGAGCACUGAUUAGUUCCUUUUGUCUCCUCUUUACAGAUACUAGUAUUAGCUGAAUUCAGUCAUGACUACUCGUGUAAGAUUAUUGCCCUAAGAUAGGUAGUGUGAACUCGCUUUAAAUAAAAAUGUUGUCCUUUCUAUAACAGCCUCUUAUUUUCACACUUAUCAAGUACUACUGUUGGUACUGUUUACUUUGAGGAAGUGUUGCAUAUUAUAUCAAUAGGUGCAAUUGCUUUAACUUAAAUCACAUAACCUCAAAUUAUUAGUUCCAUUUGUUUUAAAUGUUACAAACAUUCCUUUGCCGGUUUAUAAGCAAAAUUAAUUUUUAUAUAUUUUUAAAUUAUUUUGGCAUAUAGUUUAGAACUAUUGUACCUACAUACAGAAUUACACAAAGUAAUUUUGUAGAAAAAAGAUUAGAUUGUGAGAGGUCUUAUCUGGUCAUUGAGAAACUGCACCAUAUAUAGUUAAAGAAAAAUUAAACAAAAACUUAGGUUGAAGUGCACUAAUCUGAAUGCCAGUUUUGAAAUAGUUUUGAUAGUUCAUGUUAAAUAAUGUCAUAAUUCUACGUUUUGAUUCAGUGCCAGUUUAUCUGAAGUGAAUUUUUUUUUUCUCCGAAUUGUAAUUUUUGUUACUUAGUUCUUCCAUGUGGCUAGGUGCCAGUUUAUGGCUGGAAUGACUUGUUCCUCCAGUUAUUCCUUGUGGCUAGGUGCCAGUUUAUGGCUGGAGUGACUUUUGUUCCUCCAGUUAUUCCUUGUGGCUAGAUGCCAGUUUAUGGCUGGAGUGACUUUUGUUGCUCCAGUUCUUCGUUGUGGCUAGGUGCCAGUUUAUGGCUGGAGUGACUUUUGUUCCUCCAGUUAUUCCUUGUGGCUAGAUGCCAGUUUAUGGCUGGAGUGACUUUUGUUGCUCCAGUUCUUCGCUGUGGCUAGGUGCCAGUUUAUGGCUGGGGUGACUUUUGUUCCUCCAGUUAUUCCUUGUGGCUAGAUGCCAGUUUAUGGCUGGAGUGACUUGUUGCUCCAGUUCUUCCUUGUGGCUAGGUGCCAGUUUAUGGCUGGGGUGACUUUUGUUGCUCCAGUUAUUCCUUGUGGCUAGGUGCCAGUUUAUGGCUGGAGUGAAUUUUGUUGCUCCAGUUCUUCCUUGUGGCUAGGUGCCAGUUUAUGGCUGCGGUGACUUUUGUUGCUCCAGUUCUUCCUUGUGGCUAGGUGCCAGUUUAUGGCUGGGGUGACUUUUGUUGCUGCAGUUAUUCCUUGUGGCUAAGUGCCAGUUUAUGGCUGGAGUGACUUUGGUUACUCCAGUUCUUCAUUGUGGCUAGGUGCCAGUUUAUGGCUGGAGUGACUUGUUGCUCCAGUUAUUCCUUGUGGCUAGGUGCCAGUUUAUGGCUGGAGUGAAUUUUGUUGCUCCAGUUCUUCCUUGUGGCUAGGUGCCAGUUUAUGGCUGGGGUGACUUUUGUUGCUCCAGUUCUUCCUUGUGGCUAGGUGCCAGUUUAUGGUUAGGGUGACGUUUGUUGCUCCAGUUCUUCCUUGUGGCUAGGUACCAGUUUAUGGCUGGAGUGAAUUUUGUUGCUCCAGUUCUUCCUUGUGGCUAGGUGCCAGUUUAUGGCUGGGGUGACUUUGGUUACUCCAGUUAUUCCUUGUGGCUAGAUGCCAGUUUAUGGUUGGAGUGACUUGUUGCUCCAUUUCUGCCUUGUGGCUAGGUGCCAGUUUAUGGCUGGGGUGACUUGUUGCUCCAGUUCUUCCUUGUGGCUAGGUGCCAGUUUAUGGCUGGGGUGACUUCGGUUACUCCAGUUCUUCUUUGUGGCUAGGUGCCAGUUUAUGGCUGGAGUGACUUGUUGCUCCAGUUAUUCCUUGUGGCUAGGUGCCAGUUUAUGGCUGGAGUGAAUUUUGUUGCUCCAGUUCUUCCUUGUGGCUAGGUGCCAGUUUAUGGCUGGGGUGACUUUUGUUGCUCCAGUUCUUCCUUGUGGCUAGGUGCCAGUUUAUGGUUAGGGUGACGUUUGUUGCUCCAGUUCUUCCUUGUGGCUAGGUACCAGUUUAUGGCUGGAGUGAAUUUUGUUGCUCCAGUUCUUCCUUGUGGCUAGGUGCCAGUUUAUGGCUGGGGUGACUUUGGUUACUCCAGUUAUUCCUUGUGGCUAGAUGCCAGUUUAUGGUUGGAGUGACUUGUUGCUCCAUUUCUGCCUUGUGGCUAGGUGCCAGUUUAUGGCUGGGGUGACUUGUUGCUCCAGUUCUUCCUUGUGGCUAGGUGCCAGUUUAUGGCUGGGGUGGCUUUUGUUGCUGCAGUUAUUCCUUGUGGCUAAGUGCCAGUUUAUGGCUGGAGUGACUUUUGGUUACUCCAGUUCUUCCUUGUGGCUAGGUGCCAGUUUAUGGCUGGAGUGACUUGUUGCUCCAGUUCUUCCUUGUGGCUAGGUGCCAGUUUAUGGCUAGAGUGACUUUGGUUACUCCAGUUCUUCCUUGUGGCUAGGUGCCAGUUUAUGGCUGGGGUGACUUUUGUUGCUGCAGUUAUUCCUUGUGGCUAGGUGCCAGUUUAUGGCUGGAGUGACUUUUGUUGCUCCAGUUCUUCCUUGUGGCUAGGUGCCAGUUUAUGGAUGGAGUGACUUGUUGCUCCAGUUCUUCGUUGUGGCUAGGUGCCAGUUUAUGGCUGGAGUGACUUCUUGCUCCAGUUCUUCCUUGUGGCUAGGUGCCAGUUUAUGGCUGGGGUGACUUUUGUUGCUGCAGUUAUUCCUUGUGGCUAAGUGCCAGUUUAUGGCUGGAGUGACUUUGGUUACUCCAGUUCUUCCUUGUGGCUAGGUGCCAGUUUAUGGCUGGGGUGACUUGUUGCUCCAGUUAUUCCUUGUGGCUAGGUGCCAGUUUAUGGCUGGAGUGACUUUUGUUGCUCCAGUUAUUCCUUGUGGCUAGGUGCCAGUUUAUGGCUGGGGUGACUUUUGUUGCUGCAGUUAUUCCUUGUGGCUAAGGGCCAGUUUAUGGCUGGAGGGACUUUGGUUACUCCAGUUCUUCCUUGUGGCUAGGUCCCAGUUUAUGGCUGGAGUGACUUGUUGCUCCAGUUAUUCCUUGUGGCUAGGUGCCAGUUUAUGGCUGGGGUGACUUUUGUUGCUCCAGUUAUUCCUUGUGGCUAGGUGCCAGUUUAUGGCUGGAGAGAGUUUUGUUGCUCCAGUUAUUCCUU